AUGUUUUUGAUUUGGAGUCUUCUAGUCACAGCCGCUUUGGCGAGUGCAGGUGAUUUGUUUGGAACGUGGACUACCAAAUCUCGUGAUGUUCUUACUGGUCCAGGAUUCUACGAUCCACUCAACGACAAACUGAUCGAGCCGAAUCUAACAGGCAUUUCAUACUCAUUCGAUGAUGAAGGAAAUUACGAAUCCGCAUACUAUCGCGCAAUCUCAAACCCGGCUGACCCAUCAUGCCCGGGGGGAGUCAUGCAAUGGCAACAUGGUGCUUAUACUGUGUUCGGCAACGGAACGCUGAUAUUGACACCAAUUGCUGUCGAUGGUCGUCAGCUACUGUCCAAUCCCUGCCGGAAGCAGGCAGGCCAGUACACACGAUAUAACAUCACCGAGGAGUUUCAGGAAUUCUCCGUGGACAUCGACAAGUUCAAUCGCAUUAAACGCCUCGAUUUGACCAGGAUGGACGGCUCACUUGUCCAUCCCAUGUUCCUCGCCUACCAGCCACCAAAGAUGCUCCCUACCACGACAUUGAAUCCCAUACCAACCGGGCAUAAGCAAAAGCAAAAGCGAGAACUCUCGUCAAAGGCAGGAUUUCAGCUGAUCGCUAGAGAACAGCUGAUCAAUCCAGACCGAUGGUGGUGGUUGGGUGUUCUGAUGACUUCUCUUGGAGGAGUAGCUUUCUUCUGUUCAUAA